AUGGCAUGGUUAUUCCAACAAGGUUUAUCAUAUAGAGGUAAAGAUGAAGCUGCUUAUAAUUUAGAAGACAGAUCUGUCAAUCACGGUAACUUUUUAGAAUUAGUUUGGUUAAUAAAAGAUUAUGAUGUAGUUUUGAAUGAGCAUAUACAAAACAGUAUACAUUUAAGUAAUAAGAGAAAAGAGAAAGAAUUAUGUAAUAUUAAAAAUGGUAAUCAAGUUCAUGGUCAUGGAAGGGGAUCAUUGGUUACUUUUUUAUCAAAAACUUUUGUAAACAAACUUAUCUUAAUCAUUGGUCAAAUAAUACAAAAUAAAUUAAUAAAUGAUAUAAAACAAGCUAAACUGUUUAGUAUUAUGGUAGAUUCUACACAAGAUGUUUCUGUUUUAGACCAGCUUGCUAUCUGUGUUAGAUAUGUUUUAAAUAAUGAAGUUCAUGAAAAACUUUUAAAGUUGAUAAUAGUUUAUGACUCCAGCGGAAAAGGCUUAUAUGAUUUGAUUUCAAGUGAAUUUCAUAAAUUAACUUUAGAUAUUUCUAAAAUUGUAGGUUGCUCAUUCGAUGGAGCAGCCAAUAUGAAAGGGACAUACAAUGGUUUACAAUCACAUUUAAAAAACAAGAAUCCAUUAUGUGUAUACACACAUUGUGUAGGUCAUGUUUUGAAUUUAGUUAUGGUCGAUUCAUCGGAAUAUUGUGUAAAUGCAGAAUUUCUAUUCGGUUUAGUACAACAAUCAUCUACAUUUUUAUUAGAUUCCUACAAAAGAAUGAAAGUUUGGUCUGAGUUAACAAAAAAAACUCAUACAAGUAAUGAUAAACUUAGGAGAUUAAAUUUAAUUGGUGCUACACAAAUAAUUUCAAAUCACUCUACAUUUGAUUCAAAAACAAAAUUCACUGCUCGCACUCUAUUACAAAAUUGGUCAAAGUUUGAUGUGAUUAUGACAGCAGCAAUUUAUCUGGACAUAUUUAGUAUUAGCUCACCUAUUUCUAAAUUUCUUCAAUCACCGUCAUUAAACUAUCUAACAGCUUUUAAUAUGAUUAACAAUUUGCAUAAAGAAAUUAGAUCUAGAAGAGAUAAUGCUGAUAGUAUAUUCAUUAAUCUUUAUACUAAAGUAGAGUAUCAAAAAAAAAAAAAAAUGUCUGGUGAAAAAGCAACAGAUGAACGGCCAAAUAUGUCACAAAUUGAUAGGUUUAAAAUUGAAACAUUUAAUUAUAUACAUGAUAUUUGUGUAAACAGCUUGGAUAAACGGUUUAUAAGUAAUACAAAAUUAUUAAGUGAUUGUGUUUGCCUGGAUCCUAAAAAUUUUAAUUCUAUAAAAAAUGAAGUACCUGCAAAUGCGUUAAUAGAACUUUCAAUACUAACAACUAUUGAUAGAAACACUCUUGCAUAUGAAUUACAACAAUUUGCUUUACAGUUUAAUUCUAUAACUAAAACUUUUGAAGCUACUUUCACACAUUUAACUGAAGACUCCCAAUUUCCUAUUUAUGAACAUGAACUAGAUUUAGAUGAAGACCAAGCAUCUGUAAUUGAUUCAUCUAAUAAUUGUAAAACAUGCAAUAACUGUUUACGAUGUGCUUUCAAUGUGUUAUACAAUAUAGUUCAACAGUCUGGUUGUUUUAACAAUAUAUAUUAUGCAUAUAAAUUUGUAUUAACGUUGCCAUGUACCCAGGUUACUUGUGAAAGAACCUUUUCCAAAUUAAAAAAUAUUAAAACCAAACUAAGAUCGACUAUUUCCCAAGAUACAAUGGAAGCAUUAUUAUUAAUGAAUAUAGAAAGAAAUGUUGAAAUUGAUAAGGAAAGUGUUAUUGAUUGUAUUGCAAAGAGUUCUAAUGAACUUUCAAAACUUUUGUUAAAUUGA